AUGUCAGUUUUAUCAUUACAGACUUUUGUGAGAAAUGGUGACAUUUAUACUUUGCAGGAGCAGACAGCUCAGCUUUUGUCGUUGAUUGAAAACUCAGAGAAUAUACAUGAUGCCGAAUUAGUGGAUGUCAAGAAACUAUUCAUUGAUGUUUAUGGAACUAUGAAAUGUGGGUUAGAGGGCGCCAAGCAAACAUUAAAUGCGUAUAAUAGAGAUGACAAAAACAACGAAAGACUUGGGGAAUUCACGUUGAAGUGCACCGAUAUCCACAAGUUUUUGGAAAUCAUUGAACAUAUCAAGGAGAAGGAAUACUUAAAAUCAGAAAAUGAAUAUGUGAUCACGUUAUCAAAACUUACUGUUCUAUAUGUUACAGUUGGUGUUGUGUACACGGUUGGUAAAACUUUGGUCGAUACGACGCUUGACAUAUUGGACGAUAUCAAUUAUUAUGAGUGCAUUUUAGCAAGGAAGUAUACAGUCAUGUUAUAUUUCCUCCAAACACUACCAACAAAUGCGUAUAAUUUUCUAACUGAAGUGAAAGGUUUUGACGCUAAGGUUAUUAAAACUUCUAAUCUGCCUCAAUGGUUGCCUGAAUUUAGCAGAUCUGCUUACUUAGAAACUGUCAAUUUUGUUAAAGUGGGAUAUAGCUUGAUCCAGAAAUAUAUUGAUGAGUUCAUCAAGUCUCCUACGACAUUUAUAUUGGAGAAGCAGCAAGAUUCUAGAUCUUUACUUGUUAAUUUUUGGAACUGUACCUUCAGCUUACCCUAUUACUACUCCAAAUACCAGAUUCAGAGUAAACGCAGAGCACUUGUUGGAAUACAGCAAAGUAAUGUCGCUAAACUUGGAUACUUGUUGUAUAGGGCCCCAAGGUAUGAUAUCCAAAAUACAAAUAUAGACAUUGAUUUAUCGUUUCAUGAUAACCUACUUUCUUUGCUAAGAGAGGACGAUUUUACCUAUACGACAAGAGGAUCCGGCAGUCUUGAGUCGUUGGUUGAAGUCAUGAGUGAACUUGACCAUUUUAAGGGUAAGCUGUCAGCAGCUCGAAUGCAAAACGGCGCACCAUCAUAUUGGACACGGAAUUGGCCUAUCAUUGUUCCUUGCGUAAUCUUCACGUUGUCAUAUAUGCCAUCGACAUUUCGGAGUAUCCACUUGCUGGCAACUGAUGCAGGUGUUCGCCGGGAAUUGGCUGACUAUUUGUUGGACAAGGCGAGUUUCACCGUGGACACCAUUGCCUCUUUCUGGCAGAACUGGAUAGUUGAUCCUAUAAACAACAUACUAAAGACAAUCCGACACGAUGAUACCUCUAAGAUUGCCCUCAUGUCGCAGAAAUCGUUGGAUUCCGACUUGCAGUCCUUAGAGAGGAUGGUUUUGGAUUAUGUGAAAGAUUCGCAGUCUGAUGCAGAUAUUGAUUUUGCUGCAUUACAAGAGGCAACUAGGUCUGGAGAUAUGACAGUGGUGAUGAGCAACUACGAAAGGGAUCUGAAGUCGCCCGUUAAGUCGAUCAUUCUCGGAGACAUGGUUCGAAAUAUACUUAUCCAAAUACAAAAGACCAAAGUCGACGGCUCGUUAGCCCUAAAUGGCGUAGACCAAAUAUUGAAGAGCCAGGAACUUGUGUUUGGAUUUGUUGCAGCCUCGCCAAGUUUAUUUAUCCUAUGGGCCCUGAAGAACUCCUUCAUGAGCUGGUACAAUGGCGAGAGCUAUGAGAGAUCAAGAAAGUCGUAUAUGUCCCAACUACAGAGUCGAAUGUCUAAGAGCUUGGGUACUGUUGAGAAGCUCGUUGGUUUUCUCGUUGUACAAGAGAGGGGCGGAGGUGUAUGUACUUUCAGCAAUGGUGAAAGCAAACAAGACUACUACAAAAAUGGACUUAUCUUUAUCGAGUUGAAGCAUCUGAAAGCACUAGCCUCUCAAGUGCUGCCAGUGUACAUGCUGCAACAAUUCAACGAAGAUCUUGAAGAUCUCAUACAACAGCAUCACAGUGCCGAGUACAAGUUAUUCACCGUCCAGCGCAUCUGGAACGUCUAUGGACGGUAUCUGAGAUAA